AUGAAGCCCGCGAGCUCGCCCAAGCGGCCCCAGGACCAUCCUCCGCUGCCUCCGCUGCCCACAGAGCGGCCGUCGCGGCCGGUAGACCUCCAGGCGCGGCGGUCCAGCUCAUCUGGCAGCAGCGCCGCCUCCUCGACCGCCUCCAACCAGACAGCCCUCAACGUCUCGAAGGGAACGCUCUACGGCCUUGCGCAGCAGCAGCAGCAGCACGACCAGCAACUCCCGCAGGCGGUACGGCCUCCAGUGAUGGCGGCGGGCAGCGUCAAUGGCAGUAACACCUCACUGGCGCUGCGGCCCCAGAACGAGCCUGUCCAGCGGCGGGCAUCGCCUCUCGCCCAGGGCCCAUCAGCCUCCUCAUCCUCAGACACUCGAGGUUUCCGUUCACGCCACCAUUCCCAGGGCUUCUUCGAGCCUUCGCUGCCGACGGCCUCCCAGAGCUCCUCUGCUGCGGUCUCCGCAUCGCGGAUUGCGGCUCAGACGGCAAUGCAGCACCAGACCGACCAGCACCAGCAAUACCACCACAUCCGAAACAGAUCGCAGACAAUACCCCCGCCACAGGAGAGCGGACUCGCGGCCAGGAGAGGUGCCAGGGAUUCGCCUCCACCGAUCCAGACGAACAAUCUUCGGCCGCCACUGCCUGUGCCUGGACAGUUGAGCUUCCAGAACGGUCCUGGCGGAGGGCGAGCCGCGGGAGCCGCAACGACGGCUGCCAACGUCGCCUUUCCCAGGACUCCUACGCCGCAGAAUGCGCUGCCAUCGGCUACGGGCAAUACAACGACAACAAUAAGUGGGGGAGCAGCUGACCGCGCUGAGCCUAGCGGGCAGAAGGAGAAGCAGAAGAGUGAGAAGUCCAAGAUGAAGCUGUUCUCCAAGCCUAAACACAUAGGCAUGUCCAGAGACAAAGAGGACAAGAAAGAAAAGACCAUGCCAUCUCCCAGUAAGCUCGCAUCUAGGCUUGUUAACGCGUCAACUGUCAGUCUGAAUGAUCCUGCUGGUGGUGUUGCUGGCGCCGGUGCCGGCGCUGGUGCGGGUGGUGAUAUCAAUAUCAACAAUAGCAACAAUGGACUUUCCGCAAACAACCUAUCUCUCUACUCUCUGGCCAACUCCUCUGCCACCACUGUUGUGCCUAUUGAGAGACACUCGCUGGAUGAGGACAGAGGCAAAGAAAAGGAAAAACACAGACACCACUUUCUCUCGCGCCAGAAGCUCAAGCUGAAGGACAAGGAAGACUUCCACCUUCCCCUGUCCUCGGCCAGCAGCAACUCCCGCCCCCUGGACCCCAGCGCGCCUCAGUCUCUCUACUCCUUUGCACCCUCGUCUCCGGCGGCUUCGACGUUUGGCAAGUCUAUGAGCGGUCUUGAUCUCCGACACGGCGGACGAGCUUUGAGAGAGAAGAAAAAGGAAGAAAAGGCCUCUGCUGCCGCUGCUGCUGCCGCCGCCGCGCAGGCUCAAGCUCAACAAGACGCGAUGAUGCGUGAAGGAACAGAUCACCAGGCCGACUGGUCCGGUGCUGCGUCUGUAACGGGCUCCACCGUCACCUUUGGAGGACCAUCGUCUUCCGUGGGCAGUACCCAGGGGGCCGGUAUCAUGCCUGGAAGCAACGCUGCCAUCCAGGAGAUUCUGCAAGGCUUUGGGCUGCAGAACAUGACUCCCGAUGAUGCUUGGGACUUCCUCAAGGCUAAACUGCUCGUCCUGUUUGAAGGAGAAGACGUCCGUAUUGCGCUGGAGGACCUGAACAAGUUGGUCAGAGUCCAUAUCCAUUGCUGUGUCCAGAAACAUGCACCCCAUCAGGUCGUCGAGGACCUCCGCGACCUGCUCCAGACCGGCUUUGCAUCUCUCAACUACUCUCUCGCCAAGGUGCCCGAGGAGAAUAUCAUUCCACAUCUCGUCAACGUCUGGGUCUUUGCGUUUGGCAACGUUUUGCCUUUUAUCCAGGCCACUUUCCUGCCCCUGGACCUCGAAUUCAAGGGCCACGGCUCUAUCAUGAAUACCCGCGAAGCAAGGGAGUUCUGGGGCGCCCAACCGGGUGCAAGCGAUGCUUCUACUUCUGCCGGCGACGCCCUGGAUGUCCGCAAGAUAGUCCUCACCUCAUUCCGCGACAACGUCAUCUUAACCCGCUACGAUGUGCUCAAGGCAGCCUUCUCUCGCCUCAGCCUGGAGAAAAUGAACGCCAAUAUCAACGGACCACCAACCGCUACUCUACACAGCUCUACGACCGCCAGCGCCAGUCGACCCAGCACCGCUGCCGGCUACGAGACUAGUGUCGGCGGAGGGAGCUAUGCCUCCCAGCCGUCUUCGUCCCAUCUCAACGCCGGUAGCUUCUCCUCCGAAUCAGCCAUUGCAUCUCUCACCCGUGCACGCGCAAUAUCAAACACCUCUUCCAACCCAGAACACACCUACCCGUCUUCUUAUUCCUCUUUCUCUCCAUCUCAGCCCUCCAUCCUCGCGCAAACCCAUUCUCACUCAACCAACAUUCCUGCACCUCCUCAACCUCCACCCACAGAUCCCUCACACGUCACUGAGACUGCCGGCCGUAUGCUCCAAUGCAUUUGCGUGCUAGCCAGCGUCCAAAGCGACGACGAUGCUCAGCAGAAAAUUGAAGAGCUCAGCAAAGCACUCAAGCACAACUGGCUUGGUCGUGGCCGAACGGGCCGUAACCGUCGGGGAUUCGUCGGUACCAAGAUCCGUCCACCUCCACCACCCCGUAAGGACACCAGCGAGGAGCAGGCCGAUUAUCAGUCCACGGACGAGACUCCGCGAGGUACAGAUGCAACCGGAUGGUGA